AUGGUGGUCCUGUUCGACCUGGAAGACGUUGAUGGGCCCACCGUCAAGCCGCUGCACCACCCCUCACUGUCUUGGGUGGAGGCGGAGACGGGGCAGAGGGUAAGGGAGGCAAAGACGUUGGGGGAUGCGAGGGAUGCAAAGGAGACGGACUUGGUGGGCAAUGCACGCGGAGCAGACGAAGCAGAGGAGAGAGCGAACCCCAAUGUGAAUGGAUUCAGCGCCGCCUUGAGCUGUUAUCCAAUCGUGAGACAGCUGGCCAGCCAGCUCGACCUCAACACGCUGCAUGCCUUGUCGCGCACGUGCAGGCAGUUUCGCGCGAAUCUGCUCGAGUAUCGCAGCCAGCUCGUCAAGCACACGCUGCACUGCAGCAACGAAGGCCCCGCGACCGGGCCUACAUCAGCGCAUCAGCUGACCAGCGGUCGCGUUGGCAUUUGUGCCCGCGACAUGGUGGGUGAAUGCCAGCGCUGUGCGACGGUCGUGUGCCGGAAUUGCACCAUGAAACCUCCGCCAACGCCAACACUGCGUGCCCGCCACCGUCGCCUAUGCCGCACGUGCUCCAAGGCCCCGCUGGUUCUCCAUCUGGCCAGCGGGAAGCACCGCGGACCACUGUCUGCCUCGGCCGCAUCAUCGGCAUCUAGCUCCCCUGACUCACAGCCCUUCUUGCUCAACCACAUGGACCAGCCCCGUGCAUUCACGGCCCCUGCCUUUGAACGAACGCCUUGCAACUGUGACAACGUGGUUUGGCUAUGCAGCCCAUGUGGCAAAGACCUCAAGAAUGCCGAUACCAUGUACGUCCGUGGCUGGAGCUGGCGCACCCGAUACAGUCACUAUCUGGGUGGUGUUGGCACCGGGGCCGGUGAAGGCAACGAAGGUGUCGAAUGCGGCAGAGGCAAUACGUGUCUCGGCGCACGUAUUGUUGAGCACGAGACCUGUCAGCAAGACAUUCUCGAUGCACUCGAGAAAGAAAACAUAGCCCACCCCGAAUCCCCGGAGCGCUGGAGAGGCACCAGCUACCUUGCCCAAGAGAUAGAGGGCAUUGGUGGCGUGCUCAAAGUCAAGCACAAGAAGCAGGUGCGCGUCGGAGAGUGUGUCAAGCUCUACGAGGACGAACGCGAGAAGUCAAUACAAUAUCUCGAGCGCGAAGUCACGGGGAAACUUCGGAGCUGGUGCUCUUGGUGCGACAGAGUCGUCUUAGGGGAGAAGGACGAAGUUACUUCAGACGGGCUGACACGAGUUCCUAGCACAUCUAGCUUCUCUUCGUCUACAAGUCAGGGCCCUCACAUGAUGCCUAAUCCAAUGCCAGCGAGGUGA